AUGUCCCAAACCGCCGAAUUUAUCUUCUUCAAACUAAAACCCACCGUCAAACCCGAAGGCCCCAACGACGAAGGAAAUGAGCUCCUCAAGCUCUUCAACGCUACAAAGCAACAGAGCGGAUACCAUAGUUCUGCAUGGGGGCGUACGGUCGAGGAUGAGAGUGUUGUUGCUUGGGUUAUUGUGUGGACCGACGCCCGCGGCGCCAGCCACUCCGCACAACUAGCCCCCUUCCUCGAACCCAAAACCUCCGCCACAACCCUCUACACGACCCUCGUGCCCUCCCUCACAGACACUGAAACCCUAACAACCAACCCCGUCACCGAGCUCGUGGCGCUCUCCUUCCCGACCUCCCUGAAUCCCGACGAGCACAGCGCGCUGAAUCAGAACUUGAUUGACUUCCGCACGGCGCUGACGGAGAAACUGGAGGAGGGGAAGAGGCCUGUGUCGUGGUCCAUGGGUCAUGUGGAUCGGCCGGGUGGUGUGGAGCAUACGGCUAGUCCGUCUGGACGGGCGUUUGUGCAGUUUUUGGCUGUUGGGUGGGAGAGUGUGGAGACGCAUAUGGCUGUUCGGGAGACGAGGGAGUUUAAGGAGACGAUUCAGCUGAUUCGGGAGAAGGCGUUGUCUCCGGUUGAGGGGUUGAAGAUGAAGCAUGUUAGCUUUAAGAAGAUCUGA